AAGGGGAUGCGCCGGCGCCCGGUGGAAAUAUUUUGGAAACGGCGCGGAGCGGUGCGAGGAGGACGAGCGGCACGGCGUUUCACCGGCUGAGAGGAGGAGGUCGCCCGGCGGUAGCGUCUAGGCAAUACGCUGAGUGUACCUUAUACUCAACUAGAAGAAAAUAAUUUUGCUUUAUCUGAUGGCAGCAACCAAUUGGACAAAUAUCACUUGCUGUGUCAUAGCACAUGGAUUUCAGGACCGCCUGUGAAGAGACAAAGACAGGGAUUUGUUUGCUGCAGGAUGGUAACCAGGAGCCUUUCAAAGUGCGACUGCACUUAGCCAAAGAUAUUCUGAUGAUCCAGGAGCAGGAUGUGAUCUGUGUGUCUGGUGAGCCUUUCUAUUCUGGUGAAAGAACAGUAACAAUUAGAAGACAGACUGUAGGAGGAUUUGGAUUAAGUAUAAAGGGUGGAGCAGAACAUAAUAUCCCAGUGGUCAUUUCUAAGAUUUCCAAAGAACAAAGAGCGGAACUUUCAGGUUUGCUCUUUAUAGGAGAUGCAAUUCUGCAGAUUAAUGGAAUUAAUGUGAGAAAAUGCAGGCAUGAAGAAGUGGUUCAGGUCCUUCGCAAUGCUGGGGAGGAAGUGACCCUAACUGUGUCCUUUCUAAAGAGAGCACCUGCUUUUCUCAAACUGCCACUGAAUGAAGAUUGUACAUGUGCCCCCAGUGACCAGAGCAGUGGCACAUCCUCUCCCCUGUGUGACAGUGGUUUGCAUCUCAACUACCAUCCCAACAACACGGAUACAUUAUCAUGUUCCUCAUGGCCAACAUCCCCAGGACUUAGGUGGGAAAAAAGGUGGUGUGAUCUCCGGUUAAUUCCUCUUCUUCAUUCACGGUUUUCCCAGUACCUUCCAGGAUCAGAUUUGUGCAGGCAAAAUGCGUUCCAAGUAAUUGCUGUGGAUGGGGUUUGCAGCGGAAUAAUUCAGUGUCUCUCUGCUGAAGACUGUAUUGACUGGCUACAAGCAAUAGCAAGUAACAUUUCCAACCUCACAAAGCACAAUAUUAAAAAAAUCAACAGGAAUUUUCCAGUAAACCAGCAGAUAGUCUACAUGGGCUGGACGGAAGAACGGGAACAAGACUCCCUUCAGGAUCGAAUGUACACACCAAAGUUUCUAGCACUGAGGGGAUCUUCUCUGUAUAAAUUUAUGGCACCUCCAGUUACAACCUGGGAUUGGACACGAGCUGAGAAAACAUUUUCAGUUUAUGAGAUAAUGUGCAAAAUUCUGAAGGACAGUGAUCUACUGGAUCGUCGGAAACAUUGUUUUGGUGUCCAGUCUGAAUCUGGAGAAGAUCUUUACUUUUCUGUGGAAUUAGAGUCUGACCUAACUCUAUGGGAAAAAGCCUUCCAGACUGCAACUUUUUUAGAAGUUGAAAGAAUACAGUGCAAGACAUAUGCCUGUGUUUUGGAGAGUCAUCUUAUGGGACUUACUAUUGACUUCAGCAUGGGUUUUGUCUGUUUUGAUGCUGCCACAAAGGCUGUACUUUGGAGGUACAAGUUUUCCCAGCUCAAAGGUUCUUCAGAUGAUGGGAAGAGCAAAAUCAAAUUCUUGUUUCAAAACACAGAUACUAAACAAAUUGAAGCAAAGGAGCUGGAGUUUUCCAACCUGUUUGCAGUCCUUCACUGUAUCCACUCAUUCUUUGCAGCCAAAGUGGCUUGUUUGGACCCUUUGUUUGUAGGCAGUCAAGCCACAACUUCUGCUGCUCCCACAACUUCUGGUACUGGCAAAUUAAAGUAUACUACUUGAUAUCUCACAUUACAGCACUGCCACUUAAGAAAAAGACGCAACAGUGUAUAAAUAUUCAUAAGAUGUAGACCUUUGGUGAACCAUGUACGUGGAAACCAAUCCUGGAGUCAAGACAUCUUGCAGCAUCAGCAGAUAGAUGGUCACAUGGGAUCAUAAAUUCAUCUCUGUUCUGCAAGACACCAGUAAAUAAUCCUAGCCAAAACCCCAGAAUAGGAUGGAUAUGCUUUUAGUAUGAUCUAUUUGUACUUAGAUAGUGCUUUAAGCAACAUUGGAAGCAAAGGAAUAAAUGAUGCAAUGAAGCACUUCAGUAUUUAAUAAAAUUUUCAAAUGGCUGUAAUAAUACACAAAUAGAAUUGUCAUUUUCCUGUUUUCAGAUUUUUUAUGACAAUAUGCUAAACUCUGAGUAUGAACUUAAUACCCAAUGAUUGUGUUAUAAAUGACAUAAGAGCAAGCAACAAGCAUAUAGUACAUGGUGACAAGGAGAUGAGCAUGAAAAGGCAUUUGUGUAAGUAUCUCCUCAAAUAAGAAAGCACUUUAAGCAUUGUUGUAAAUCCAUACUUGUGUCCAUACAUGAAGUAUGGAGUCAUGCUACUUUUUCUAUUUUGUUCUUUUAUUCUAACAAUAACAAGAUAUAGCCAUAUUGACUGGCAUAUAGAAUAAAAACAAAAAGAAAGCCAACCAACAGACAAAACAUAACCCUUCUUCCACGAUUAGGUCCCUGUUCUUCAAGUGAUGAUAAUGUGAUAUGUAUUUUAUUUUAAUUACAAGUUAAGUGCAAGUGUGUAAAAUAUCGCAUCUGCUGUUUACUUUUCCUUUUUUUUUUUUUUUUUUUAGUUAACUAAGUUCUGUAAAUCUAAAAGUCUUUGCUCACAAGACUUAGCUGUUGAAUUUGUUUCAAACAUAAUCCACCUAAUACAUUGCUCCCAUGUUUAACCUUCGUUCCACUCAGGAUCUCAACAAAAUAGGAGUUUGAAAUAUGCUUGAAAAAUGAGUCCAACUUUUGAAUUCUUAAUAAUUUCUUUUUAUAUCUUGCUAGUAAGAGACAGGAAUAAAAUAAAUAACCUGUAACAAUAGAAUAGAUGACAAUGCAUAAUGUCUUUGUAUAUUAAAAAUACAUCACCCUCAACUACAUAUCAUCCAUACUAGUUCCAGGAUUUCAUUUAUUGAUGAAACUUGAAGGAUUUGUACAUUCAUAACUAAUAACUUUAUUUAAAUAUAAUUUUACAAAAUAAUUUAAUUUUUUGCUAUUACACACAUCAAUGAAGAUGGCAAAGUGGUGGGAGCACGUGUGGGAUAUGAGCAUAUAUGGGAUAAGAGCAAAAGAGGUGGUAUGGUGUUUUGGCCAAACAGGAUAUAAAUCUAAAAGACUGCAGAGAGAACAGUUAGUGCAGAUUUAGUGUGUGCAUAAUAUUUUAAAUAAUACUUUCUGGAGAUUCUAUUUAUUAUAUUGAAAUCCAAUUUUUUGUUUUGUUUUGUUGUUUUGUUUGUUUGUUUGUUUUCCCCCAAUUAAACUUGUUAUAAAUACUCAUAGAAAGGUUAGGGACACAAUCUCUCAUGUGUAGCAGAAGGAUAAAAUCUUUCACAUCCACUUUUAUAUAUUAAAAUAAGGAAAACUUCAUAAGAGAAGCCAGAGAAAAGCUUUUUCACAAUGGGAACAAAAUGUAAUGCAGACACAAAAAAUGAAUGAACCACAGCGGCAAAUUAUGCAUCUGUUUUUACGCUUUGCAGUAGAAAUAUUUGGAUUUCUGUGUGUGAGAAAGUGUCCCUGCAAAAUGGGGAACUGAAGUAAAGCUGACAGCAGAAGAUUCUAGUUAUAUAUGUACUAGAAUCUGAAUUCAAAUUAUAACCAAAUAACCUGAAAAAAAUGUUUUCUGGCAACUCUUUAUUGUUUCCAAAUGACUAUCAAUCAGUAGGUGCUUACUUCUUAUUAGUACAUCUCCUAAAAGAUGUACAUUAAUUUACAGCAUUAAAAAUUUUCUGUUUGUGUUUCACAUCCUAUGCUAAAUACAAUUGAAUAGUGUCAUUAUCCAGCUAUUAUCCAGCUGUUUUAAAUGUCAACAAAAUCCAUCAUUUUCAUAGUUAUCAUCCUGUUUACAUGAAGCUUCCCUAAAUAAGGGGGUCAGAUCCUGGUCUUUGCUUCACAAGUAAUAAUGCUGUGGCUGUCCAUAAGAUCUUGAGUUUGUUCCUGGGAGAUUAUAAGUGCCAGAUGCUUUAAAUCUAAAACUACAACAUUCAAAGGGGUUUACUGAUGGUAACUCAGGCAAUGUCCUUGUCAAGAAGGCAUGUACUAGAAAAAGCAAAUUUUGACAGAGCACUGACAAUGCUGGAAACAGAAUGAAAACAGAAUCUGUUAGUAACAGUUCUCUCCCUCUGUACUCACAGAUCAUCUCCUUCUUGUUAGUGUGUUGUUGUGGCAUUCAGCCAUCCCAGUGUUGGCAUAUGCCAACACCUCAGUAAUAUGUGCUCUGCAGGUAAUAGCAGAAUCUAGAAUUAAUCAACUGCCAGUUGAAUGUUUUUCCUUCAACCAGCUCAUAUGACAUGCAGAAUUGCACCACUGAAACUGAGUAAUUUAAGAGAUGUUUAAUACAGUUAAGUGAACAUAAUGUUUAUCCACAACAGCAGAAAGUAUGCUAUUGCAAAUUGCAGUAGAUUAAGAGAUUCUGUGAUAUGAAAGCCAAAAAUAAGUAAGUAAAUAAAUAAUUUGCUUCCUGUGUAGAACUGGUCUCAUGACAUGAACUUAAUAGGCUUGGACUCUACUAGGGUAUCCUAAAGAACUUUGUCAUGAAUUUUGUUUGUAGAACUGCUAUACUCAUCAAUAAGAAUUUUUUAACUGGGCAUUAAAUAUACAAUAUUUAAGAGACAAACACUAGCCUACAAAUUAGAACUGCAUUUGUUGUUGUUGUUGUUGUUGUAGUUGGUUUUAUUAUUAUUAUUAUUAUUUAUUUAUUUUAUUUUAAAAGAGCUGAACUGUUGGGGCUUAAUCAAAUUUUUCAUUUCAAGAAGAUAGAAGUGUGGUUCAGAGAGCAUAAAAUGCCAUAGCUUUGGCUACAUGUCAGCACUGGUUUGUAAAUGGGAGGUUUGGGGGGCUUGGGCACUGACCUUAGAGUAUUCAGGUUUGCCCUCUUGGGGCAAGUUGGUCAGAAACUCAGCCUUGAAACAAGAGGGAAAAUUUCAAACAAUGUGUAAUAGCGAAUCCUGAAACAACAAGAUUUAAUUUAAAUAUCUACAUAUUUCAUAUAAAUAUACAAAGAAGAUUCUAAAUCAUUGUGAACCUCAUGUGUAUAUGUAAAAAGCCAGGCUUUAUAUUGCUCUCAUUUAACAUAUAUAAUGAAUCCAUGCAUUUUGUAAGUUAACACAGCCCACUGAAUAUGAAGAAAAAACAGUUAUAAAGAACUAUCGGCUCUUACUAAAAAUUUGUAUGAAAAUUAAAGCAAAUAUUUAACAAAUAAAAGAACAAACAAAGUCAAAGAGUAAAACAUAAUUUGUUCUCUUUAUGUAUUAUAUUCUUAAAUAAGUUUAAUUAAAAAAAAUCUUUAUACUUAUGGUAUGUGACUAUUGAAAUUAUAUUUUAUAACAUACCAAAUGUAACAUACUCUUAAAUAUAACAAAAUAUAUUUGGGUUUAUUUGAUUUGCUUUAUGAUUGAAAUUUCAGAUAAUCUGAAUUCAGAUAAUCUGAAUCUUCCACAGAACUAACCAUAAGCGAGGCUAUAGUGUUAACAUAAUCUUUUAUGAAAGUGUUGCAGAUUUAUAUACAUGUUUUUCUGAAUUUCAUCAGUGAAUGAAUACAUUUUGUUUCCUACAUCUGUUUAAAGAUAUAGUUACAGAUUUUCAAAAGAGAUUUGCAAACCAGUAGCAUGAAGGCAUUUUUGAAAUAAAAAUCAGGAUAUUUUUAAAUGUUUGUCAUUUUAUUAUUUUUUUUUAAGUAGGUGCAGUAGGAGUUUUGUGGACACAAACCAGUUGUAAGUUGAUUAUUUUUGAAAACCAGUAAUUUGAACUUUUGGUUAUUCAAACUAGAAUUCAUAAAAAUGUAAAAUAAUAAUAUACAAUAUCAAUAUGCUUUGAGAAGAAAUUACUGAAAAAUAUUAUUUUCCAAAUUAGUACUUAAUUCCAUGAAAAUAUACUUAUUUACUUUGUGUGCUUUAACUUUAUCAGAACAUCUCACAGUGGACUAGGCGGUUGCAGUUACUACAUCCUGUUAUUUUACAUACGAUUUAGCUUAUUCAAUGCCUUAAUAUGUUUCCUACAUCAAGAUAAAUAUUAAAAAGGCUGAAGAUCUUUUAAAUGUACAGCUGCUGCCCUUAAAAUUCAGUAGCUUUGCUGUUGUUUAAGCACCCUCUAGUAUUCCCUAUGCAAAAAAGAAAGAUCAGUUUUCAUUCUGACAUAGCAAUGCAAAAAUGGAAAGAGGAAAAUGCAAAAUUAUUACUAUGAAACACUAACUCCUGUACUGCACUUUCCAUUCCCUUACAGGGUCUGGUCCCUGAGAAAGUGUAGUUUCUGGAAAAAAAGCUCAAGCUGAUUUUAAAAUGUUCAUCCUUGGGCAAUUUAAAAUCUUCAGAUUUGGACAUCGGAGGCACUCACCCAAAUUCCCUAAAUUUUAGCACCUGCCGUAGAUGCUCAGUACAGGACUUGAGGCUCUCAAAAGGGCAAUACAAGGCAGGACCACAAGUUAGGACUCUGAAGGUAUGUUUGUCUCUAACUACAGUAACCACUGUAGUUGUAGGUAGCCACUGCACUGUAGAUGCAGUCACAUUCAUGUUUUCAAUUGCAUCAGCAAUGUGCUUUUGAAGUCAGGCUCCUGCCCACUGCCUCUCACUGUGCAUUUUGCAGAGCAGGCAAUAAACACACAAAAUGAGUUUUUAAGCUGAAGCUAAACCAGCAUCACACCUCAUGAGUUCCAACUGCUAAUGGACAUUCAGUCCAUAUGACCUGACUAAAGCAAGUUGAAAGUCAGAAUCCCCCUGAAACACUAGGGCUGUUGGGUCCUGGUGAGAGCCCUUUCUCUCUGCACGGUGGCUGAUGUUCAUGCACCGUGGGUGCUGGAAGGACCCCAGAAAGCUGAGCUUCCUUGGGCAGUCUGACAGAGCCUAGUGCCUGGGACAGGAAGCGGUGCUGCAGCAAAGGGCUUAAUUGAACCUUCUUUUAAAGAAGGCAGCUGACAAAAGCCCAUGCCAAACUAUCCUGCAUUGCCCUUUUCCCUUGCCACAAAGGGAAAUUACUGACUGCAAGUAGGUUACAUGGUGCUGGUCAGCCCUCUCCCUGCUGUGUCUUUCUUCCCAUCUAUCACAAAUGCAUACCUGCAAAUUCACUCUGACAUCCCCAUGAACACUGCUGUGUCCCCUCACACCCUUUGCUCUGGACAGAUGGCAAAACUGCAUUCACUCAGCUACGUAAGGGAGCAUCUAAACGUACGAUACAGCCAGGGGACAGUAAGCAUUAUGGCAAGGGCAUCCAUGUACCAGAGGAAUGCUGUAGUCUGUGACUAACUUUUGGGCUAAAGUUAAUAAAGUCAUACCUGAGCCUAAGUGCUUUCCUGACUAGGACAGAUCUUAAAUGCAAUUUUAGUAGUUUUCCUAUAAUUAAGUCUAUAAUGUCAACAAAUUUCUACUUUCUUGACUCCUUUUCCCAUUUUCAGGAUGUUCAGUGGAGAUAGCAAUUCAUAUUCUGUUGGAAUCAGAGGGAAAAACACAAGGAUACUGGAAUACAAAUAAAUUUCUAUUUGGAUUCUAUAUAUUAUUACAGUACAUUCCAUGUCUAUUAAAAUAUGUUGAAUAAUGUAAAACUAAAUGCUUUCAUUUAGCUAACCUAGCCGGUUUUCAUUGUUAUUAUACACGUCUCCCACUUUCAACAACUUUCUCUACAAGAAUCCCAACUAUACAUUACAGAAAUGCUUUCAAUAUUCAGUAUAUACUAAUAUAUAAUGCAUAGUGUGUGUGUGUGCGUAUGUGUGUAUAUAUUAGUAUAUACUAAUGGAAAAUAUUCAGUAUAUAUUAAUGAAAGUUACAUAUUAGGCACAACUAUAAAACAGAAGCAUAAAUCCAUGAAGCUUUACAUUUAAAAACUUAAUCUUAUAAUACUAUAAAGAAAUAUGUAUAUUAGUUGAAGAAAUGGCUAUUUUUGCAGGAUAUGCACAAUCUGGAUAUAUGAUAAUAAAUUGAUGAACAUUAACUGAUUUACUAUUUCAUACCUCCAGAAUUUUGAUUUUUUAAUUAUUCUUAUCCUUAAGCACAUUUGCAAUAUAUGUCAUAAGUUUUAAUUUGUUAUGAACAAAAAUGAAUGAAAAAAAUGUAAUAGAAAGUGCUAUAUAUUUUAUAAAUAUUAAAAACUGAAGAAAAAAUAUACAAUUUAUUUAUUUCAUUUUCAGUUAUGUUUUUGUGGUUGUUUGUAAUAUGUAUUUGUGACGAACACGUCACUUAGUUGUUUAAGCUCAUUAAUGUACCACUAAUAAAACGCUAUCUUCUGUUU